UAUUGGACCAGUUUCUUCCAAUUCCCUGUACUGCAGUUGACUACAAUGUUGAGUUGUUGACUGCCUGGAUUGCCGUAGAGAUUUAUCGUCAUCCUUAGCUUGAGCCUUGUCUCUAUCGGCUCUUCUUCUCACACUUUCCUUCUCGGCUAAGCAAAUUAACUCAGGUCGUACAUGAUGGGUGGAAGUUCGAUAGAUGAUGAUUGGGAGCUUACAUCUCCAUCGAUUGCAGUUCGAACAUUGGUUUUGGUUGGACGAACCGGCAAUGGAAAAAGUGCUACUGGCAACACCGUUCUUGGAAGAAAAGCCUUCAAAUCAAGGGCUAGCUCAUCUGGUGUGACCAGUACUUGUGAGCUGCAACAAACUAUAAUGAAAGAUGGUCAAAUUAUUAAUGUCAUUGACACUCCCGGGUUGUUUGAUUCUUCAGUUGGGUCUGAAUUUAUUGGCAAAGAAAUUGUGAAAUGUAUUGAUUUGGCAAAGGAUGGGAUCCAUGCAGUCCUUGUAGUUUUCUCAGUUCGGACUCGUUUUUCUCAAGAAGAAGAAGCCGCGCUUCGUAGUUUGGAGACAUUGUUUGGAAGCAAAAUAUUUGACUAUAUGAUUGUUGUCUUCACUGGUGGUGAUGAACUUGAAGAUAAUGACGAGACUCUAGAAGAUUAUUUGGGUCGAGAAUGUCCAAAACCUUUAAAGGAAAUUCUUGCUCUAUGUAAUAACCGGCAAGUGCUUUUUGAUAACAAGACCAAAGAUGGACAAAAAAAAGUUGAACAACUUCAGCAACUUCUGUCCCUUGUUAACUUGGUCACAUCACAAGCUGGUGGACAACCCUAUACUGAUAGCUUGUUUGCUGAAUUGAAGAAAGGGGCUAGGAAACUUCGCGAUCAACAAGAAGAGGUUAACUCCUUAAGUGGAUAUUCAAAACGUGAAAUAUUGGAGCUAAAGGAGCAGAUUAAUGCAUCAUAUGAAGAGCAGCUAAAGCAGAUCACUGAGAUGGUUGAGGAAAAGCUCAGAGAGACGAACAGUAGACUUGAACAGCAAUUGGCAGCGGAGCAAGCUGCACGGCUGAAGGCACAAGAGAUGGCCCAAUUAGCGCAAGAGAAGUCAAAUGAUGAAAUCCGCAAACUCAGGGAGAACUUAGAGAAAGCGCAGAAGGAGACUGAGGAGCUCCGCAGUCGAGCAAAAAGUUGUCACAUUCUCUGACAAUAUUAUAAUAUGCUAGUACUCAGUUUGUUGUAUUAGAUGCAAUGCAAAGUGAAUUGAUCCAUUGCUCAUCGAGUGGUUGCUUCUGUCUUCUAUGUAUUUAUUUUAUAAAACCUUGAUCCACUACUACGUAAAUGUGUGAACUUUGAACUGCUUCCCCCUCACUAAAUGUGUGGAGUUUCUACUUUC